AUGGAAAUUAUCAAACUUCUUGUCGUCUUAUGUUUCUUACAAAUCUGCUCAGCAAACUAUAAGGUAAGGCAAACUAAACAUCUUGCUAGAAUUCUAGAAAGUGCCUUUCCCCAUAGUAUAUUCCAUUGAUCUUUACAAACUCAUGAUUCAAUUAAGAACUGCGAAUGGGUGCCUACGUUUGCAUGUGGCGGAGAAGUGCUUAGCUGUAUUGGGCGUGUUAAAGUCGGAAGAAAUGCACACAGUUCCGAAGAAGCGAAAAUAGUUGAGAAAGAGGUUCAGGUGAGUAGAGUUUUAAUGUCUGUGUUUACUUGCUUCUUUCACCCUCAUAUCACCGCUUAUAGCUGUUCAUCGAAAUAGUUGGAAUAAGAUGAGCUUUUCCAAGAAAGAAACAUUUAAAAAUUUUCAGGAAGGCUUGAAGCCUUGGAGACAGGAAAUCAUCGAUGCGAUUAAAGAAUACAUAGGAGAAUGUUCAUUCGACCCCAAGCUGUCUUCCUUGGUCCAAGGUCAAAAGCUCUGCUGUGACUUCACGCUUUAA